AUGGAGAAAGUGGAGCAAUUCCGUAAAUCUGCGCAGGACAUGAAGACCCUGGUAGUGACGAGGGUCAAGGAACCGGAGUUUCAGAAGCUCACCAUUUCAACCUCCAGCGGUGUGAUCGUUCUUGGAGCUGCUGGUGGCGCCUUUGGCGUCGCCACCGGCGUUGUGGUUGGCUCCGUGGCAGGCCUUGCACCGGCGCUGGCCACGUUUGGCCUGUCGAUUCCAGCUGGUGCCAUGUGUGGAGGAGUUGCAGGUCUGCUUGUUGGGAGCACAGCUGGUGGCACUGCUGGCGGUGCUGGUGGCUUUUGCCUCUACAAAUACAGAGUCCAGAUCAAGGAUGGCUUUGUUCAGGUGAAAGUGAAGGCUCACACUUUCGCUGCAGAUGGGUAUGGAAAAGCAAAAGGUGCAGCUUUGUCUGCCAAGCUUGCCAUCCAAAAUAAAGCCACCCAAGCCCGUGAGAAGGCAGAGGUGACAAUCGCCCUUGCCAAGGAAAAGACUGGGGCUGCAGCAGCGCUGGCCAAAGCCAAGGCUGGAGAGGUGUUCACCAUGACCACAAGCACCCGCACCGGUGUCUCUUCUGCCAUGGCUGUCUUGGGUGGAACGGUGGGUACCACAGCUGGCGGCAUCUGUGGUGCUCUGGCUGGCGGAGCGUUCGGAGUGGUGCCAGCGGUCUUCACCUUCGGCCUGUCCAUCCCUGUGGGUGCCGGAAUUGGGCUGAUGGCGGGAGCAACCACAGGCGGUGGUGCUGGCGUUGUCGGCGGUGGUGCAAUCGGCUUUGCUGGUUUUACAUACCGAGAUGAAAUCAAGAGGCUUGGCGCCAGGGACGUGCAUCUCAUUUUCCAAAAUUCAUCGCGGCGUCACUGCUUGAUGCGCCGUUUUGCAUGUUUCGUUUUGCGAAUGAUGAUGCGAAGCAGUGGAGAACUGUUUGGCUUGCAGCCCAACCCCCUUUACCAGUCUGGUGUGAACGCAAGGCGUGCAGUGCCCUUGGCACUUGCAGCGAUUUGCGUUUGGCAGGUGAGUCGCAGCUUUGUGGGUCUUCAGCCCACAGCUCGACAGGUCACCUUGGCGCGCCAUGCAGACGGCUUCAAGCUGCGAUAUUUUGAUGCCAAGGGUGCUGCGGAGACCAUUCGACUUGUUUUUGCUGCCGCCGGCAAAGACUAUGAGGAUAUGAGGUACCCAAUCUCUUUCGGGACACCUGGAGAUUUCUCGACCAUUGUCAGGAAGGCAUGCAUGGAAUGGGCAAGACGGGUUCAUGACCGGCAGAGCAAGAGGAACCCACAUGAGUGGGAAGCCGCCAAGCAAAGGAUUGAAUCAGCACGAGAGCAUGAGAGGCAGUCUCGCAAGUGCAAGGCCGCAAAGAAUCAUGCUAUCCGUUCCAGAGCUCUUGCCGCUGAAGGCUUGAGACAGAUGUCCGCCGUGCCUGCUUCGGAGCAUUUGGCCGUGCAGACCCGGUGGAAGUCCGCCCAAGAGAGCUCUUCUAGAUUUGCUUCUGCCCGGUGGGACGCAUUCAGCAGAGAGGCUCCUGCAGUUCCAGAGCCACAACUGCUGAUAGAUGAGGAUGAAGAUGAAGCCAUGGCAGAGGCAGCAGAUCUUAUGGGUGCAGGAGAUGUCAAUGCAUUGACUGCCUUGGGGAAUGAUGGCCUUGAAGAAGAUGUGCCACGGACUGCAGGUACAGGCCGAAGUAUUGAUGAACUACUUUCACAACUUCGCAAGGAGCCUGCAAAUGAAGAAGAGUGUGCUGCAAAGUUCAUGCUGUAUGAAGGCUAUGCCCGUGAGGUGGAGGAGAUGCGAAGCACAUUGUUGAAAUUCAAUGAGGAGACUCGCCCAUUUUUGCCAGCCACUGUUGCGGCAGAUCUGGGAAAUCAGAUCAGAAAGAUUGAUUCCACAGAGGCAAUGGGCAUCCCUGACGAUGUGCGGGAAUGGUUCGUCUUCCACAUGAUGAGGAAAGCCGAGCGGAACAAUUUGAGCAUGGCACGCAUUCUGGAAAACUUUGAGAAAAAGCUGGCAUUUUUGGCCAACAAUGACCAGCAAGAGUGCCCAGUUUGCUUAGAGAAGUUUGAAACUGGCGACAAGGCACCAGAGACGCUGGGCUGCUGCCACAAAGUCUGCAAGGAAUGCUGGGAGAGUUGGACUCAGGUGAUGGGAGGCCGGCCCUUUUGCCCCCUUUGCCGACACGACGAGUUCCUAGGGGCGGAGUUUGAAGCUGAUCGGGAUGCCGGAAAGAUGGACAUCUCGAUGGGCAAGGUGCCUGUCCUCGAUGUGGGGGACUUUUCGUUGCCUCAAAGCAAGGCCAUUGAGCGCUACGUGGCUCGCAAAGUUGGGAUGAUGGGAUCGACACCAGAGGAGGAGGCCUUGGUCGAUGCAAUGGCUGAACAUGUGCGAGAUGUCAACGAUGCAUACAACAGGAAGGGAUUGUUUUUCAUGAAGGAUGAAGAGAAAAAAGCCGAGCUGAAGAAGAAAUGGUAUGAGGAGGAGCUUCCUCCCUUCUUGACGAAGUUGGACACAGCUUUGCCUGGAAGUGAUGGCUUCGCAGUAGGGAAAAAGGCCUCCCUGGCAGAUGUUGCCAUCUUCAAACUGCUGAAGGACACCUAUGAUGAGGACGUUUCUGAUGCCUACAAAUCUUGCCCCAAGCUGAAGGCGAUUGUCAGCAGCAUGGAGAAGAACGAGGGCAUUAAGAAGUGGCUGGAAGAAAGGCCGAAAUCAUUCAUUUGA